GGUGGAACAACAAGGGCCCAAUGGGAAGACGUAACUGGAUCAACGCCGUUGACGUUUGUAAACGACUGCGUUUCGUUCACUACCACGGUUUCGGCCAGGUUUUGGCUCAUGGACUGCAGAAACGUUGGUGAUGCGACCAAGAUGGCUACGGAACUCUAUAAGGAAGCCAUCCAUGUGCCUUUCAUGGCGAAAUUCGUGGUGUUUGCAAAACGCGUCGACCCACUGGAGGCCAGGCUUAGAGUGUUCUGCAUGACAGAUGACAAGGAGGAUAAAACUCUGGAACAUCAGGAACACUUUACCGAAGUUGCGAAGAGCAGAGAUGUAGAGGUGUUAGAGGGAAAACCGCAAUACGUGGAAUUUGCUGGAAACUUAGUGCCUGUAACGAAGAGCGGAGAUCAGCUGUCGUUGCCUUUCAGAGCCUUCCGAGAAAAUAGGCUGCCUUUUUCAGUAAGGGUCAAAGAUCCACAUGCAGAAGCUGUGGGCAGAUGUUUGUUUAUGAAAGAACCUAAGGUGCCCAAAGGAGAACCUCCCCAACAGCCAGUUUGCAUCCUGAACAUAGUUCUUCCCGAAGAGAUUGUAAUGGACACGUUAUCCUUGCCUGACAUGGAGCAACUACGAAGAAAUACCUUCAUCACCGAGAACUUCGACUACUAUAGGCCAGAUCCGCGGUUAGCUGACAUGAGCAACUUGUUAGGUCUGACCACUUCCGAGAUAAACGUGAUAAAGUCCGAGUACCCGGACAGCGUUGCCAAACAAGCGCAGAGCAUGCUGCGCAUGUGGCUCUCGUCGCAGUCCGGCAACAAGGCGCAGAGCAACACCUUGGAGAACGCCUUGAGAAGGAUAGGAAGGGAGGACAUCAUACCGCAGUGCCUGAACGCUGACCAUCAUCAACAAGUGAGCAGGGUCAGGGAGGAGAAACAGGAGAUCGUGUACAGGUUGAAAGGGGAAACGGAGAAGAGGGGAUUGAAGGACAAAGAUCAGGCGGAGAAGAGAGGUAAGAAAGACAAGUACUCUGCCGAAGAAAAGGUCAUCGAGAGCCCCGAAGAAGAGGAGGACGAACCUUUCGAUAAACCGGUAGCUGAAAGGAGAGAGAAAAUUGAGAAACGACUGAGCGCAGAAAGGACGAUUCCUGCUUCUUCGCAACGGAAGGAAAUUGUACAGGAAAUCACGACGAUCAAGCAGGAAAGGCUGGUGGAGGACAAAAUCGCGGAAGUACAACAAAAGCAGGAACAGUCCCGCUCCGAUGAAACCACAAAAACGACGACAAGUACUCGAAUAAGCCCCGAUAGCGGCAAAACCGUUACGAAGACCGUAGAAACCGUAAAAGCCACAAUUCCAACCACUUCCACGGUGUUCGUAACCGGCGAGACGACGACAAAAACAAUCACCACAACCACAGUGGAAUCACGCACAACGCAGCCCGAGAAACAUGUCGGUACGACGAGUACCGCGACGAAAACGGUCAGUACCACGCACAAGCCUACAGAGGAUCACGACUUGCUGGAAGGGGUGACGGAGAGCUUCGAGAAGGUCCGAAGGGCCGGACCCAAGUUGAUCGCCGACGAAGAACCCAGAUCUCCGAAAGUAUCGAAAACGCCGCCGCCAAGUCCAGCUGACUUUUUGAACAAAGAACAAACUACGACCAUCCAAGUGCCUCCAGUAUGUCCGAAGAAACGCCUACCGUCACGGAGAUUCCAAAAAUCGCAAUAA